AUGUUCAGCAGACCGUUUAACACCACUGCCAUACGCGCAUUCCAGACCAAUGUGUCUGCACAAAUCGCCAAGAAGUCAGGAACAAAUACAUUGCGCAAGACUCUUCUUAAGGAGCAAUCCCCUAGGAGGCCUCCUGCAGUAUACGCGCUCUACCUAAAGUCGAUUAUGCCAUCGGUCAGGUCUGAGCACCCCAAUGCGACAUUUGUGGAACUAUCGAGGCUCGCAAACAAUAAAUGGAAGAGUAUGAGUGACCACCAAAAGAAGCCAUACUAUGACGAGUCGCACAGGUUAUUCAAGGAAUACCACUCGGCGCGUGCAGAAAUCGAGAAAACCUUGCCACCAAAGAGGCCAUCUACUGGUUUUAUCCUAUUCUGUAAUGACGUGCGGCCGCAUGUAGCCGCCGAGCACCCCCUAUUGAAGACCACAGAUAUAGUUCGUUUGUUGGGCGAAAAGUGGAAGGCGCUUCCCUUCGAUAAGAAGAACAGGUAUUUGGAUUUGGCAGCUAGGAACAGAGAGCAAUGGAAGCUCCGCAAUGGCUUCUUGAGCUAA